UGAGUGCUUUGUUCAGAAGAAACCUGCAUAGGAACAUCCAACAAGAAGACAGCGACAUGUCCACUGAUGAUGAGCCACUUUUCCAAUCAGCUACAAAUGAAGACAAUCAAAUAAAUGUAAUAAGGAACAUAAACACGUAUGCCAGAACAAAGACUUUGGCUCAGGGAUUCCUUGACAUGGCUCUGUUCACUGCCAAUGCCUCCCAAAUGAAACAUCUUCUACAGCAAGGCCCUGGCACCCAGUUUUAUUAUUUCCUGUUUGUCUCACUGUGCAUUUCAGUGAGCCUCCAGCUAAUUGUAGCGGCUCUGUUGAUCUACAAAGGGUCAAAAAACAUUGAAUAUGACGAUCCUGAAAGACGACUUAGUGACAGGAAGAAGAAAGCCUUCAUGUCUGGAGAUGAAAUAAAGCAGGUGCAGUCAGAACUCCACUACAGAGACAAACAUCAGCACAAAUUACAACAGAACAAACAUGAAGAUAUUGUGGAAUGGGUUGAGGACUAUCACUGGCUGCAACCCUCCCUCAACACUGCCGGCCUCUGUGAGCUAGCUGAGGAAGUUUUAGAAUCCCAACUGCCAUCUACACCCUGCAUGACCUUCCUCCACAAUGACAUCACACGUGUGGUCUCCAACUCCUUUCCACUCUCUGGACUUUGGGUCUAUUAA